GAAUAAUGUUAAAAUAAAUAGGUUUAAAAAUAGAAUAUUUCAAGAAAAAUAAUUUUACAACAUGAAAUUUGUAGUAUUAUGGGGGGUAUUUUAGAAGCAUUACAUUGAAAUAUUAAAUAAGUGAUACAUAUGAGAAAUAAACCAAAGAAUAAAGAAGCAACGUUUAGAAAAAAAAUGGUAAAAUGUAGUAUUUGGGUUAUUUUCAUAAAAUUGUGAGCUAUUUAUAUUUUUACAAUGAUGUAAUAUUACUGCUGCUUGUCAUUGUAUUAUAUUAUUGUGGCGUAGUAUUAGAAUAGACUCAUAGUAUAAGUAUUUGUUUUCAGUGUGGCCCUUUUUUGUACAAAAGACUUCUCACCAUGUAAGAAAGACGUCUGCUAUUUAAUAUUUCAUCUGAUGUGUGCAAAAAGACACCAGACAGAAAGGAAUACAGUCAUGUUGCUAAAAAAAAAACUAACUAGAAAAGAUGCUAAUCUUACACAAGAUGAUAACAUCCAUAUUGUCAAGACAUCUAUAGGUUGUUACCAGCCAAAGUAGUUUACAGCAAAGUAGCGUUGUGCGACGGGAUGCCGGCUAGCGCCUCCCUGGCGUCCCCAAGGAUUCUCCAUCAGCGUCUACAUUGCCAUAGUCGGGUAGCUCGCUGGAUAUGUGGAUUUCAACUGUGCUAGAUUCUGAACCUAGCAAGACAAACACGGGAGGAUUAGCCAUUUUAGUUCAUAGUUGCAUCCAGACGGGAACGGAUAACUGAGUGAUGUAAUACACAAGGCACACCUGCGUGUGGCGCUGUGGGCAGAUACGCGGACUGAACCACGUGACACACCAUGUCAUAGAAGAAGAACGGAUACGCAAAAGUUCUUCGUUUUCGGCUUUUAAAGGCUCGUCGAAACGUACGAAAGAGUGGAAUUACAUUUGCCUCAUUCUGGGACUGUAAGACAAGAAAAUACCGGGAGAACGUCGCCUUCGGUGAGUCCUGGUGCUCAAAAUAUUCAGAUAUUAUAUUGGCUUGUCGUCAAAGUUUACUUCUGGUCACGGGGAUGUGACGUCAUUGUUUUAGAAUUGUGGCGCGAGUCCAUACGGCACGUGACUACCCAAUUCGUACCCGGAAAACAAUCGGAAAUGAGAAGAUUGGGACAAAAGGCUGGAGGAGCAAGAGAAGACAUCUACUGUAUUACCUCCACCAAGCACAAAAGACGGCGGCGCUUCACCUGAUCCCCGCAGACGUCUUCACCACCAGGAACACAUCCACGGCAUAGCAGAACGUCCACCAGAAAGAAGCGCUGUAGAACAACUGGAUCCACAUCUGCAAACAUUAUGCAACACGGCCGUCAAUGCAAGCAAGGCUUGGUCUACAUCUGAGAUGAAAAUGAUGCGCUGCGACGCGUACGGCACUGCCCAGGCAGAAGACGUCCGGCCAGACGUCGGUGCUGUUGACCUCUGAGAUCUGCGCCACGGUGCUGGGCAGACCCAUCCAUAGAGAUGACCUCAAAAGGAUCCCUGGAGGAGGGUGAUGAUGAAGAGUAUCCGUGAGGAGGAUGCAGGUCUGGGCAGAGGGUACUGUCCCAGUCUCCUGUAGCCUUUCCUCUUGGGCAGGAUCUGCAGGACGGUGAAGACCAGGCUCAGGGCGGCGCUGCCCACCGUUAGCGCUCCGAACAGAUCCGGCUGGAAAGUCACCAUCAAGUCGGUGGCCGAGUCCCGGUUCGAGCAGCAGAAGGUCUCCAAACGAGGGGAUGCCAUGACGCGCUGUGCACACCCAGCCGGGGCUGCUGGCUCCCAACGGAAGGAAGGAAGGAAGAAAGGAGGAGAAAAAAGGGGGCAGGAACUGGGCUCCAUGUUGGCCACACAGGCGGGAGUCCGGGAAGACCCAGACCAGGAGAGUCUUCCAAACAUGUUUGGUGUCACAUGUCAAAAGUCCCAACCUGUUGAGCGAGGCUCCGUUGUCUGUUGGCUAAGACCCGCCCACAGCCUGCUUCCUGGAGGGCAAAUAGCUGCUCUGAAGAGGAAAUGACAUCACAGCGCUGAGCGAGCUGCCACACACACACACACACACACACAGAGAACAAAAUGAAGACCAGAUGUAUUUGAGGCAUGCUUCCACUUUGACACGGUGGAAAAGAGGAGAGACGGAAAAACAAGUUUAGUGACAAGGACAAGAUGUCAGGAGGACGUGAAGAGACACCGCCGGGCAGUCAAAGUCAAGCUGCUGUUUUCUUCUCCAAUCCUCUGAUGAGUGAUGUGGAAUCAGACUGGGCUCCCAUUCACGAUGCUGCAUUUAAUGGACGCGUCCUUAACCUGCACAGGCUCAUUGCUCAGGGUGCACGCGUGAACCUGAGCACGCUGGACCGCGUCACCCCCCUCCACGGCGCGUGUAUUGCGGGCCAUGCGUCCUGUGCUAAGCUUCUGCUGCAAAACGGCGCCCAUGUCAACAGUGUGACGUUAAACGGACAAACGGCGCUAUCGGAAGCCUGCUCCCGAGGUCAUGUGACCUGCGUAUCGCUGCUCCUUCGGCACGGAGCGAGCACAUCGGGGAGCGAUGCGCCGAUGCACGCGGCUGCGGCCAAAGGUUACCCAGAAUGCAUCGAGUCUCUCGCCGAGCACGGCGCUGACCUGGAUUAUAACAUCGACCAAUCAGGCGCCCCUCUGCACGUGGCGUGCUCCAAUCAGCAGAUGACCACCGUGAGGAAGCUUCUUCAUCUUGGUGCUAGUGCAAACAGUCGUGGUUCAGGGGAAUCGCCCCUGCACAUCGCCGCUCGUCUGUCCAAUCCAGACAUGGUGUCGGUGCUGCUCAACCACGGGGCGGACGCCUCCAUGCGGAACCCGGACGGGAAGCGGCCCCUGGACCUGGCGCCCCCCGACAGUGCGGUAGAGAGGCUGCUCAGGCAAAGUGGAGGGGUGCCCCCGCUGAUGCAGCUGUGCCGCCUGCACAUCAGGAGGACUUUAGGCAAGCAGAGACUGGUUAGGAUUUUUGACCUUCACCUCCCCACAGAACUCGAACACUAUCUUCUCCACGUGUCACACUAGAGAGGGUGCGGUUCUCUACUUGGCCAACAGAGGGAGCGCUUACAUAAUAUUUGAUGCUGAUCUCACACACGGGAGCCUCUGUGGACUAAGUUGAUUCUCAGGAGCCCACUGGAGAAGACAAGUGUGUUUUAUAGUCAAAGUCAGAAGGUCAUCAUCAUCAUCAUCAUCAUCAGUCCUCACGGCCAAAAAUGUUGCAUUCAUGAGCUGCCACACGCUUCCUUUCUCUGCUGCUUUCAUUUCUUCUUCUUGAUUCCCUCCUUCAACAUUUUGGAGCCUUUUUCUCACCAAACCUGACAACGUAGCGUAGUGCAACCCGGGAUAGGUAGAGGUCACUCAGGUCGAGCGAAUGAGGAAGGUGACCAAGGUGAGUUUGACAGCAAAAUAUAAGCCCCCCCCCCGUCAAAAAAAACCUAUAUUGUGCCUUGAUGAUGUGUCACUGUGUGAAAGAGCACACUAUCCCACUUCACAAACAAUAGGGGACCAGAUAAAGUGCCUUGAGGGACACCAACGCUAACGCCACCUUUCGCUAUAGCAAAAAACAGGUAAUCCUUUCCCUUGCCCACCCCCCCAAAAAAACCCCAACCAAAAACCAGGUAAUCCUUUCCCUUGCCCCCCACCCCCAAAAAAACCCAACCAGAAAACAUGUAACCCUUUCCCUUGCCCCCCCCCCAAAAAAACCCCAACCAAAAAACAGGUAAUCCUUUCCCUUGCCCCCCACCCCAAAAAAACCCAA